AUUUUGUUCACCAGUGUAAGUAACACAAAUGUAUUUUUUUCAGAUACUUCAUAAAAUCGACGAUGUCCUGGUACCAACUAGAGCCGGUACCCGCGUAUUCAACCCAAACGCGUGGGAGUUCCUUGAAAACUACGAGAAACUCCUACAAAACCACGUGCCCGGUCAGAAUCCUUACAGAGUCAGGAACUUCAGGCAGCGCGUAGAGUUGAACAAAAAACAGGACAACUUCAACGCAGAGGGAGGACAGACCUUUUUUAUACCAGUGGAUGAGGGAUUCGGGAACGAGCGGGCCUCGCUAAUCGACGACAAAAUAAUAGAUGGACACGUCAUUCCGAAACAAGUGCUGUUCACUACUCCUACGAAAAAGGACACCCCCUUCCAGACGCUGGCCAAUGGAGAUAACAACAUCAGGGUAGUGAUUAGCUUCACGCAGGAACAGAGGGGCAGCAGGAUUGUCAACUAUGUGAAGAGUCACACCCUUUUCGGCGACGGAAAGCACACUCAGGGCGUAGUGUUAGCAGAAAUCGUGAAAGCCAAUAUACCGGUGAAAAACGGCGUAGUACAUCUGAUCCAAAAACCUUUAAUGGUAGUCGAUAGUACUGUAAAGCAGUUGCUAGAGGAGCACAAGGACUAUAUUUGCAACGUAGGCAAUGUGCAAAGCUACCAGAACUUUCCCGUCAAUGCCAAUCUCGAUUACGAGCUCCACACGGAACAGCCAAUAGUACGUCCAAUGAGCAAAAUGGCCGUAUUUUAAGCAGCUUCUUCAAUGCUAUCAAGGACUUGGGACCAGAAGGUGACGCUCUACUCAGACAGAUCGAACGCGCUCAGGACGUAACCCUGUUCGCGCCUUGUAAUGACGCAUUCGAUGGAGAUUUGACCUUGAAGGCCAUGAUGAGGGACAAGACCAGGUUCCUCGAUAUUCUAAAGAUGCAUAUUAAUCUUGAAGAAAGGCUGUACAUGGACAAGAUUCUCAAGAAUCAGCUGCAAAAUAAGGUAUACAAAGUGAGAACUUUCAAUCCCAGCAAAAACCUGUACUUCAACGUGGUGACUGUAGGCGACAACCGCACCAUGACAGUUGACGGCGGUGGUGUGAACGCAACUGUCAUUCAAGCUGACUUGGCAGCUACCAACGGUAUCAUCCAUAUCAUUGACAGAGUUUUGGGGGUACCAUACACCACAGUGCUUGAUAAGCUUAGGACAGACCCCAUGCUUCAGAAUACUUACCGAUUAGGCCAAUACCAGAAAUUCAACGAACAGCUAAACAACCCUGAUAAGAGAUUCACGUAUUUCGUACCAAGAGAUAAGGCGUGGGAGAAUGCCAAGGUUGCUUUUCCUUCAGCAAUCAAGAAACUAUUCAUGCCUGAAUUCAUGCACAUAUAUGGCGUAGCGACACUGGAACGCCAUCUGGUGGUCUCUGAUGUACCAUAUACGAUGGAGCGCAUCAAGCAAUGGUCCAACGAGACACAUCGUGGACCCUUCGACUCCAUUGCCAGCACUUCUAGUAGAAGAGAAGUAGAAUUGCCAACUGUCAGAGGAUCACUUAGAAUCGCCGUAGAAGAGAGGAAAGAUAAUACAUUUAUAAUCCACUGGAAGGGCGAGAAGAUCCCAGUCUUCAAACCAAAUGUCGAAUGCACCAACGGAAUCAUCCAUGUCAUCGACUUUCCCUUCUUGAAAGAAGGCGACAUCCAGAUCAGCUCUGCUAACAGCCUCCGUUUCAUGUCACCCACGUUGACGCUUUGCACUUUCGCAUUUGUCAAAUUCGUCCUGCUUUAAUGCACCGCUCUGUCUUAGAUAUAUCUAGAUAUGUGCGUUUAGGUAUAUUUAUCAAAUUUCACCAUGCGAGCGUUUACAAGUGAGCGUACAGGGUUUUUGUAAAGAUGCGUGCAAGGGUGGUUAAUCCAGAAAAUAGGUAAACAGAUUUGGAUACGAGAUGGAUAUGUGUAAAACAGAAUCAGAAGAUUUUUCGGCACUGAAAAUUAUGAUGCUUGGUAUCUAAAAGAUUCAAUUACAAAAAUGAACAGUAUUCUCGUUACCUGGAAGAUAUUUUAAUUUCUAAAGGUUGGUAGAUAAUUACAUGGAGACCCAAAAAUACAUUUUUUAAAUGGAAAGAUCUACAUUUUACUGCACAUUGGGUUAUGCCCUUUCAAACGAAGCAGUUUGAUGUAACAUAACAUAGGGUUACAUUUCUGAGUUAUUGGAUCUAUCGAAACACACAAUUUUCACAGGUCUCACCUCCGCAACUGUUCUACUACUGAAUUUUUCGUCAGAAGAAUUUCAUGACCUCAAAUAUUCAUAUCUACUUGCUGUUUCAAUUUUUUCGAUAGACUAUAUACAGUGUGGUCAAAAACGCAAAAUGUACAAUUUCUCGAAAUGUUCAAAUCGAACACCCUGUAUAUUUUCACACUUUUUGAUUCCCCACUUAACAAGUCUUAUUUCAAUAUAAGGUUUAUGGGAGUUUGUACGAAUUGUUUUGGAGUUACAGUUAACCUUUUUGUAAAUCGGAUAUCAAGGUAAAUGAGAAAAGGGAAUUCUGCUUAAAAUAAAAAUAGCAUUCAAUCAGUGACAACAGAUAGUUAAAAUUUGUGUAUUUUCACCCUGUGUUUUUAAUGACUCGAUAACCAGUUGUCGAACCUCAAUAAACCUCAUAUCAUAAAAGAGAUGUGAAAAACCGUAUCAACAAAUGUGAAAAUAUACGGUGUUCCAUUUGAAAAUUUUGAGAAAUCGUUCAUUUUGCGUUCUUGGCCACCCUGUAUAAGCUCAGCAAAUAAUUGAAAAAGUAGAUAAGAGAAAAUAUGGGAAAAUGACGAAAAAUUCAGUUGCCAGCUGUCAAGGCUCAGUGUUUUGUUCGAUAGAUUACCUAACAUCUCAAUAUUUUGGUAAUAGAAUUGCUUCGUUUGGGAGCGCCUACCGAAUCUGCAAUUAAAUGUAGGUCUUUCUAAAAAUGUGCUUGAGUCACCAUGUAAUUAUGGAUCACCCUGCAGAAAUUAAAAUAUUUUCUAGGUAAGGAGCAUGCUGUGGUUACAAUUUGUAUGAUCAACCUUUUUAAAUACAUUCGUAAUAACAGAGUUAUCUGCAUAGCCCACACAAGAAAGUCCCCAGGAUGUACUUCCAACUUUCGUCAACAUUUUUCUUCUUAAUUAAGUACUUGAUCGUUCUUUAAAAGCCCAAGAUUCGCAAUUUUGGCAUUUUAAUUUACUUUUUCAUAAUUGUAACACGUCUUACCUCAAAUCUAUAAUAAAAGGCACUGAGUUAAAACAAAUAUAUAAAAAUAAAAAGUUGAACCAAAUGAAUACACAAUUAUAAUGAGACUUCAAUAUUUUUUUGUUAGUGCAGCUGUGCAACAUGUUUAUUUUUAUAUAUGCUUUUGGUCUCACAAUUAGUAGAAGUAGCAAGUGUUGGGAUCAUGUGCUCAUAUAAAAAUGCUUAUGUUAAAUAUUCGAUAAUGUGUCAGUUUCCUACAAAAUUACCAUCCCCUGUGCUUUUAAAGAACAAUCACGUGAUAAGAAAGGGAUGUUGAUUACAAACUCCACAUUUGCAAAUAACUUAUGUUUUGCAUUAUUUUCAUGGCUGAAAGACCCUGUUAUGGACAUUAAUUCUUCUUGCUCCAACCUAGAAGGACUAGCUCUAAGCUGUAACUUCUUACGUAGCAUCCAACCACUAUUCUUUUUAUGCGACCGUUGCUGUCAAAUCAUAGGACUAUACACAAUCUAUGUACUACUGUUAUUUUCUGGAUUAUGUAGCGGUUGUGGUUGUAAUUCGAGUCUAUGUCUAGCCUAAUCCUGAAAAGUAGGAAACCCGCUGAGGUAACAGACUGAAUUUCAAUAAAACAAUAUAUCUCUCUAUUAAAUUAGAUUACUCUCGGAGAUGUGACUAUUCGAGCAAAAUAGUUACAACUCAAACCGUUCUCAGUUAUUAACGUACGGGUUUUUGGAAAGAUUCCUUUGCGGUACGCGCCCACUGCUACAUCAAAAAAGCAAUUUUGCUUCAUUGGAAUUCUGAAUAGGCUAGUUCAUAUUUUUUUAAGUAGGUCUUAAAUAUUUGAUAUUUGUUGUACCAGAAUAAAUACUAUAUUUUUACCUUAAUUCGAAAAUAUAUUUUUCUUCUGGCUCAUAAAUUAAUGUGCUCUGGCGUCACACCAUUUUUGUAAACAGCAGCUAAUAGCAACAUAACUCCUCAAACGUUUACACAUAUCAACGUGACAAAAAUAUAUAGGUACCCUAUUUUACGAGUAUCCAUCACGGUACAAUGACAGUUGAUUAUCUCAAAAUUCCCGAUAUCGGCACGAUACACAUAAUUCUGACAGAUCCGUCCACGCCAGGUAGUCAGAGCCCUAUUUUGUUUGGGUUUUUUGUAUGCUACGGAUUCAUUUUGUACUUGCUAGCAGCUCUUUUAUUUAAAAAGUUCUUCUGCAUACAAAAAACAAAACGUCACAGACAAGUUUUGCCAGAUUUAAAACCGAUUAAAAUGUCACUUGCUGAUCAGCUGUUCACCUCAGUAGACGCCAAAGCGUGAUGGAUACUCAUCAACUAGGGUAUAGUAAUUAUCGCUAUUGUAUCGUCCGAGAAUGCAAAAAUACAUCGAUAAGGACCCCAGGAAAGCUGUGGGUUAAGGGUGCCCAAGGAAAUAAAUGUAAAGCAGCAUUGCUGUGUAUUGCGUCGAGCAUACCUUAUAUUUGGGACAUAUUUUACAUUUGACUGUGCAAGAAUACAAUAUUAGUCAAAAUUAUUCAGAGAUUCUGACGCAUGAACUUAUUUUUGAAUGACUUUUGAAAAGGAAGAUUGUGUAAGUGUAUUACUUAUUCUUUCUUUUUAUGUCUAUCAUUAUAUCAAAUGCACUGUACUUACAUCCAAGUCUUGAAGUUCCUCAGUUCAGCAGAGGAGAAAUCUGGGUUGACGGCAAAAAAAUUACCAACCAUCGAUGUGUCCAUUUUCGGCAAACGAUAAAACUAUAACAUUUUACGUUAAUCAUCAGUUUUGUAGGAAUAUUUGAAGAAGACAAUGUUACUCCACAAGUGACAUACGGAUUACGUUUCUUUAUUUACAGUCUGUACGACGUCACAUCACGGUCGAUAGUGUUUUCGCCGUUUGAUAUUAAAAAUAAAUAUAUACUUUUUAAACUAAUUAAUAACCAUUAAAUUAACAUACAUACUCAUCUUACACUUUUAAAAAUUGAGAUCGAUAUAUUUCGUUAUCUUAAGCCAAAUACUGUAAGAAAUACAAAUUUUUUUCAUGAAAUUAGAUAUGAGUCAAGUAUCCUAUUGCAAGUUACUGCUGAUGUGCUGAUAUAGUGGACGCUCUACUGGAAAUUAAUUCGUUUGAUCCACAAACAUUUGUGCGUACUAUGUAGCCAAUAGACCCGUACCUUUAUAAUCACCUCGACCUUGCCCUGCCGCUCUUUAUACUAACUUUCUAUUGAUAUGCAUAGUAUUCAUAGUAGAUUGGAAAGUAUCUUGAUUUUAUACUCAACUUAUUGAUAUUUUUGAAACUAUUUGGACUCCUUUUUAAUAUUACCGACACAAAUACGGUUCAAAGCAAUACAUCCAUCCAACAAAUCAACGAAUAACAUGGCGCCUGUUGGACAAGGUUUGUAGAACCGUAGACAUCAAAAUAUAACUACGACGGUUGAUUCCCAUACUUCGCCCCUAACCCACAGAUUUGAACUUUUUUAUUUUUUUGCAAAGUCCUACCAACAUCAACACACUUUGUUCAAUCAAGGCUCCAAGAUUUUAGUCGCAUUCCGGAAAAGUUUAAGAUGACGUCAAUAUUCUUUAAGCUUUGGAAGUCAUCUAAAAUUACUGAGAGCCAGAUCUGACAAGUAUGGGGUGGGUAAUCUACCAAUCCAAAGCAUUAUUGGUGUACAGAAGUAAUAGCACUGCACAAGGUAUGGCUGACUGGGAGGAUUAUCCUUGAGAAGCGAUACACCACUUUUUAACAUCCUCCAAGGUUUCUCGUUACGGUUGCCCAUCUCUUUUUACAAGUGGGAAGUAGGUAUUACGAGCACUUACUGUCUGAUUUUUUAAAUUGUGUAUAAAAUUGUCCCAUUUAUGAUAAUUUCUUGUUUUUUGUAAAUAUUUCUUCAGCUCCAGUCUUAACAUAGGCGCGAGAUCUAGGAACUAUGUUAUAACUGGAUAAAGGGAUGUCACAUAUUGUUGCUCAUUUCCUACAUAUUUUUUGAAGAGUUUUCCUUCUAAAGCAGAACGAUCUUUCGAGGUAAUGUUGAUAAAUGACAUAAAGAAGUUUUAGAAUAAGCCAUCAAACCAAAAACUGACCUUUUGAUCAGUUUUCGUGUUAUAGUGAAAAUUGAUAUACAUUUUAAUAAAACCACGCCUCUCGCUGACCUCGCCGUCAGCGAAGGAUAAGUGGCGACAGGUAAGACAGGUGCGUGGUUUGCUGAUUAUUCACUAAGCUGUUUCGCGUACGAUUUACUCCAUGCCUUGGUGACAUUAUAAAAAUGCUGCUGUGGCAGGUGGGAUGACUGUCUGUCAGCUAUAUUUUUUGUCAUCACAAACGUGGGUGGUCCUAAUAGGCGUGUUCAGAGAACAGUGAGCAAGGCGUUCAUUUAAUAAAGAAUUUGAUCCUUGUUCUGCCACCUUGCAAAUAUAGUUUCUCAAUCAGCUAGGAUGCUGGAAGUAAAAAACAUGUCGCAAUUUUCAGAUUGAGUUUGCAUGAGGGAACUUUAUAAUACCUACUACACGUCCAUCUUGUAACACUGCACUCUUUUAAUGUUUUGGUCAGUCGAUAUCAUUGUGAGUGGUCCACAGCCAUGUGGGUUUUCACACGGUGACGUUAUCAUAAGAAACUUCACCUCAAUAUUUUGGUAAACCUCAGUGGGUAUCAGAUCCCUUCUUUGCAGAGAUUUUAUUACGGCGCUUCAAUCAGAAGGAUCCACCUCUGUUAAAAUCUUUCACAAAUAUACCAAUGGACGAAUAACGUCAAAACAGUUUGACAUAUAAACUUGAUUUUUGCUAAGGGGUCUUAUUUUACUGACAACAAGAAAGAGGUAAUGGACCGAUUAAAUUUGAUGCAUGAGUCAAGCUUCUAAUCUACUAUGAAUCAUAUUUUGUCUUCACAGGUUUCUUAUGAUGACUGUGAAUAUAGUUUCUAUUUCUUCAUCAAAAUACGUGUUGUGUUUUUACCAUGUGUUGUAUAUAGAGCAUUCAGAUUAUUACCUAUAGAAGUAGGAUAUGCGAAUCAUCUCUUUUCAUACAAAGUAAUGAAACAAAUGUUUUCACGAUAUAACCAAAGAACUACAGAUAUAGAUGAAUGCAUAUUAUGCUUUUUGUAUUCUCACUGUGAAGUUAAAUAUAAAAAGGAUUUAAAUUUCAUUUGCAACAAGUUAUGAUGAAGCAUUUCAGAUACACUGGAAUAGUAUUGCUAUUUAUAGUGUUAUAUAACAUUCCUCAGCUAGGUUAAUAUAAUACCAAAUGACCAAGAACUAAAAAACGAUGUUUUUGGUCAUUUAAUAGAAUGUAAAAAUGUAUUACUUGAUUUUAAAUGAUUUUUUUUAAUAAGAGUUUUAACGAAAAGCAAUUUGGCCCUCUAUCUCACAUAACCAUUGUUGAAGGUAAGUGAUGCCUGAAAUACUAUUGAAUCUAGGUAAAAGUAUCGCUAACCACUCAAUUGGAUUCUCAUGAUAAUAGAUACUUUAUCUUUUUUUCAUUUCAAGUCAUGUUAUUAUAUCAAGUUGUAAAUACGUGUGUAUUGAUUUGUGUGAAUGUGUAAAUCUGUAUGUUUUUAAAUAUUUGUGACUAUUUUAGAUCUAUUUUUCAAUAUAAGCAUAUACAUAUAUAUAUAUAUAUAUAUAUAUAUAUUUUAACGCAUCACUCAGACACCCGCUUUUUUUAAGCUCCAACACUGAAAUGCUUCAUGUAUGCAUUUGUACACAAGACACUUUCAAUGAACAAAAAUCUUUCUGCAUAUACUCAACAUCAGAAAAAUUCCUAACACGCCGAAUAAACGCAUCAACCCUCAUUUGCCUUUUGAAGUUAAAAUCAAGCGAAAAUAUUUUUACUCAAAAACAUAAGAGAGCUCAAGUCUCUAGUAGUAUUUUUUUCUAAACUGUGUGGCAGUAGUGUUACGUAAAAAACGAUAUAGUGUCAACUAGUGUAAAUACUAAGAAGUCGCUAUGAGCGUAAUCUAUGUAGGAAUGGCUCAACGACCAUGUUGCCUAAGAUACUGCAACUCACAUUUCGCCAGCACGUUUUGUGGGCUGCAAGCUGCCGAGAUAGUCUCUAGAGUCUAGAGUGUACUUGUGUGCAUGUCUUAAGGUCCAUUCACACUCACGUGCCAGUGAUUCUCGCUGACGUGAGAUCACAGUGUUUUCAUUUCACACUGGUCAGUAUUUUUCUCCGUGCUCUGACAGUGCAGUUGUGUUCACGUGAGGUCGAGAUGGCAAAAUUUUCAGAGGAUGAACUUGCAGUUAUUGCAUUAAUUCUGUUUUUUUUUAUACUCCAACUCCCACGAAGGCCUCAGGCCUAAACACCCAUGGGAUACCGUGGUGCUAUAGGGGGAAACACAGGGGAAAAGGGGGACGCAACACGGACGAUGGAAUACGUGUGCAUGCAAUAUGCACACAUUCUGGCCCCGCCUACAAGAUCCGCCGAGAAGUACCUCCGCGUUCGACAGUCAGUGACCGUCUACCACCUACGAAACAUGAAGAAGAAGAAACUAGAAGUCCUUGUAUUUUGAAUUUGACUGGUUCUACAGCACGGUUGUACGCGUACAAAUUCAAUUAGUUUUUCAGCAUGCAUGUUUUUGACCAAUUAUAUCAAAAUAUUCACGAAAUUAAAUAAAAACACGGCCGUGAAAAUCAAAAAUAUCGUUCCAAAACAAUGCGAUGAUAACGGUACGGCGUCGUCGAGGGCACUGAGAACACACGAACACGGCCACUUCCACCAUCCACUCCACGUGCCGGUCUAGUCUGUGAAUCAGUUCAUCCAAAUUCCGAGAAGAAUGUUUUUAGUUUCGCCGGGCGGAUCACGUGCCGGUCACAGCACUGUUACGUCAUAGCAUCAGUGAUAUUUGAUCACUGAUACGUUUGCUAUGUGAAAAAAUUAUUUUUGAAUGAAACUAGAAAGGAUUCGAUUGAUGUUAGCAAUCGAACACUGUGCUGGAACUUAAAAGCACAGGCAAAUAAGGUUAGCGAUCGAAAGACUUGUAAAAAUAAGGACUAUCCGCUUGGGAAUCUACAUAAUGUCAGUAAGAAUUGUUGCAAUGCCACUUUUUAAGUUACAUGGGUGCCGAUCAACAUUUAUUUGAAAGUAUCCUGUGUACAUACCGAAUUUGCUUUGUGUAUAUUUGUAAAAACUUGCAACAAGAGAAUUUAAACAAUAAAACUGUCAUUAGGUAUUUUGCCAAAUUUUGUGAUUUUUCUCUUCACGAUCUUACCGUGAACAAAAUUUAGCAAACCUUGUAAAAUAUAAAUCCAUUAUUCUAAAUAUUAUUAUAGGUGUAUACCUACGUAGUCCGAGUUGAUAUAAUAUAUGGAUGUAUUAUGACGAUAUAAAUAUACAUAUUUCUCUUUGAACUGACUGAUUAUAUAUCUAAAAAAUUAUUUGAAAGUGUCAAUGAUAUCAAAACGUUUUUAUGUUAAAAGUCUAUAAGAAUAUGGUUCUAGAUAAGAGACGAAAAUAAUUAAUAUUUGAAUGUUGCAAUAAGAUGUUAAAUGUAUAAAUAAAAACCGUACCACUACCAUAGAAGAAAUAACAUAGAUGUGUUUCUAAGCUUACAGAUAUAUAAAAGACGUUUGUGUAAAGUUUAUUUGAGAGUGCAAGCUAUUAUUUAUUUAUAAGGUAACACUGCAAGUGUCGCAUUUAUAUAAAUUAUAAAUUCCCACAUACAGUGCUGGCCAAAGUCGUUUUCCCUUUUAGGGUAUUUACCGAUCCGUUCAAGCGAGUCUUCAUGAAUCAGCUGUUAUAUGUCAUAGUUAAUACCGUAAAAUUGUGGUAUUUACCCAACUCAGGAGUAGUUUUAUAUUUCUGGUUACUAUUUGAAAUGUGACAAGUUAGAAUUUUGCCGGGUAUUGGAUAUUUUUAUUGCACUUCAGCUUCAUUUUUGGGAAACUUGAUACAGGCUGACUUCAGUUUUAGCAUAAAGUAGAGCACUUUAUUAGUUAUAAUCAUUACUAUUGUUGGGAACACUUUAAAUCUAGUUCCUAUGCUUAACAAGGUAUCCUGUGUAGCCAUAUACCACAAGAAUAUUAAAAUAUGGCCAUAUAAACUCACUGGAUGAUGUCCACCUGUAUGUGCGGUUUUGUUAAUGUCUUUUUUCGUUUUUUCCUAUCAUUUCUGCUAAAUCAAUAAAUAUUUUCUUUGACAUGCGGAAACGUUUAGAGAAUUGAAUGUUAUCAUAGCUACAAAGCCAUGGCUCCAUCAUUAAAAAUUUUUCUGAAAAAAAAACAUGUCUCCCAUUAAUAUUAUGAAAGGUUGCUUUUUUAAACUUUCCAUACACCGUUGUACACGAAAAAGUACCGAUUAUUAAGUGAUAAUAAAAAUAAUCAAAAAUUAUAUACGGGCUUUUCUAAAAUAACCAACUUGCAACAAAACCGCGGUUAAAACCAACGCGUUCAAGCGAUUAGAGCAACUGACGUCAUCAACCCGGGUGUCAUCUUGAACCAUAUUAUAACCGCAGUACGUAACAGAAAUUUUGGUUAUUCGCUUGGAUUUGAUUCAUGUGUACCAGAGAAAUACGUGUUAGGAAGAUUCGACACAAGGUUGUUUAGCAGCGACAGAGAUAAUCAAAGACAAUCCCGACACUAAUAGGAGUAGGAGUAAGAGUUAAUAAAGCCAACACACAUUCUUUCUAGUUCCUAUGAGACAUGACAUAAACAAAUAUUCUUUAUCCCUAUAUUAUCUCAGUAUAUUUGCGGCAUCUUGCACACCUUUUAUAAGUUAUACAUAAGUGUAAAUACAUCUUUUCUAGACGAAUUUUUAGCGCAUAUGAUAUUAUACACCCAACAAGGUUGAAAUUUUUGCUUAGCUGUUCAUUCCUGGAAAAUAUUCGGUGAGGUUCGUUGAAAAUAUAGCAUGGAAAAGACGUAAGUACCUAUACUGCUUGAAAAAGAUCAACCUCCAGAAGUCUAAAUGUUUAUGAUAAAAAUGGUUUUCAUAGUUAAGAACAUCGUAAUAUGUAUACGUUAUUGUCAUAUUAGGGUAGGAUAUAGGAUGUAUCAAAAACAAUGUAUAAACAAAGCAACAUUCAGACUUCAAUUAUAUAAAAUAUCUGCUUAUUUAAUCCGUUUUUGAAGCUUGGUUAACCACGGUUUAACAUGCAUUAAUAGAAGUUAUUUGAUUCCAAAUUUGUCUACAAUAUUUCAAUAAAAAGCAUUGGAUAGAUCGCUUUUGAUACAUCCUACAAGCUGAUUCGUUAAUCAUUUUAUUUUUUCUUUGAUAUGAAUCAUUGUAAAACUGCACGUGUACUUCAAUUUCGCUGGUUUGAUAGAUUCAUGGAGGUUAUGAGUGAAUAAACGGUUUAAAGAC